GUUGCACUCCCUGUUAUUGCUGGGAAAAUCUUGUUGAGUGAUGUUAUUUUGCUACACCCCCAGUGCCGCUCUCACAGCUCACUCUUCUCACCGUCUUUAUGAUACCAUAGGUCUCGGCCUUGUAUUGGUUUUUCUCUUUGUCUACCCAUCUCAAGCAAUUGGUUUUGUUUACUUUUGGGAUAGCCGUCUCGAAUGAACACCCUGGAACAACGUCCUUGCUUCGGCUGUACAAUAUACUCAUCGUUUGUGUCUGCUUGGGCAGCUUCGAUCUAGCAUCCACCCCAGCUAUUUCUCAACUGGAAGUGCGAACCUUCCCGUCGUCUCUUGAAGCAGCCGCAGUAUCGCUGGACCUUCUUAGCCAGCCGCGUGAGAGAAAAGAGGGAUCAAAUUGCAGCGAAAGGAGGAAAAUAGCGUCAACAUUCCAAAACAGAUUUACUGCUGGAUUGGCGGCCUAUUACAAUUUACCUAUCUCAUUGAGUUCCACACGCGGGAGAAUCCCGUCAAUUGAGAACCACCGUUUCCGAGGAUCGGCUUGAAUUUCGCUGUUCCUCAAUCCUGUCAUGUCCGCUCAACAUUCACCGUCGUCAGAGAGCCCGGGGGCUGAGGAUAAUAGGCGGAAGAGAGUGUGCAAAGCCUGCGAUAGAUGUCGAAUGAAAAAGUCAAAGUGUGAUGGCAACAGUCCCUGUCAGAGAUGUAAGUCAGAUAACACGAUAUGUAAGUUUGGAGAACGAAAGAAAGCUCAAGACAAGGUGUACCCAAAAGGAUACGUCGAGAUGCUAGAAGAGCAGCAAAAGCAGCUGGUUGCUGGCCUGCAGCAACUCUAUCGGCGCGCGCGAGACGGCGAGGGUUGGCCAGGCUCUCCUCUAAGGGAGUUCAACGGCCGACCCUUAACCCACGACAUACUCGAGGGUUUAGGAGUCUUGAAGGACGGAGAAGUGGGUGACGAGCAUUUCGAGGAUGACCUGUCUGUGUUGCAACAGCGCUUACUUGCCAGCGGUUCCGGGGUAAUGCGAAGACGAGAUUCGUCCGAUGCGAGUUCAAACGGCGACGCUUCCCCGACGUUUACUAAAAGUAUGCACGGUGGUGCUCCCUUUUCGGCCACCAACAUGCCUCCUACACCCCCUAAUUACAGUCCCUAUUCCCGAUCGCAACAAAUAACAACGCAAGCAAACAUAUCACCGACACUACCACAGCAAUCGGCGUCGAUACCACAUCCUCAUGCCCAGGCAUCGGAAUUUCAGGCAUCCUUCGCACAACGACAAGCCUUUUUUGGAGCUCCAGCUAUUGCUGUACCCCGCCAUCCGUCAUGGGACCAGGUCCAUGGCAAUGGGCUAGAUAUAGGACCACCCGGUUUAAUACAUGGCUUUGAUCCACCGUUGUCGGGCGAUAGUAUGGACUACUUCCAACGACCUGCAGCCUCCAUCUCAACGACAUUAACCCAUGGACCCAUCGGUCCCUUACACGGACAAACCGAGUGGAUAGAUGAAGAAUUCCAAAAGCUUUUCAACCCCAGCCCAGUUUGA